GUGAACAAAUCACAACAAGCUAUCUAUUAAAAUGUCUGAAAGUACAGAUAACAUCGCGUACAACGAUGAUGAGUUGGCUCCACCGGAAUGGUUAGACUCAAACUUCAUCACAGGUGUCCUGAGCAAUUAUGAAAAGGCACCUGAACUCCAGGUAACCGAUCUUAGCUUCUCACCGGCAUGCCUCAAGGGAGAGCACUAUGCCAGCAUCAUGUUCCGGGCCAAAGUCAAGUAUUCCACAGAGAAUGGUGACUUCGAAAAGUCGCUGAUUAUCAAAACAAUGCCCGAAGAGGAGGGUCACAAGAAGGAUUUAAUCGGAAGUUCCCCAUUAUUCGAAACCGAGGUAGGAAUGUACUCAAAGGUACUGCCCGAGUUCGAGAGGAUCCUCCGCCAGGCGGGAGAUCAUACGAAACUCUGUGCGGAUUGCAUAUAUCACAGUCUGGAACCGCGGAAGAUACUGAUUUUUGAGGAUCUCAAAGAGUCGGGUUAUUUUGUGGUGAGGAAUCGGGAGGUCAGCCAAGAAGAAGUGGAUCGCGCCUUCUUCAAACUGGCCAAGUGGCAUGCAGCCAGCCUGAAAGUGCAGGAAGAGCAACCACACUUCCUCGAGGAAUAUACCAACGGACUGUUUGAGAUGCCACAAAUCAUGCAGGAGCCCUUCAUGAAAACCGGAAUGCCUUUCUUCGUGGAUCUCCUGACCCAAGAGCCGGAGCUCAACAAGUACAAAUCGUAUUUUGAGAGCAUAAAGCCUGACUUCCUGGAACGACUCACGGCAGAGUGGAAGGACCUGAGAGAUAACCCCAAAGUUGACCAAUACAGGGUACUUUGCCAUGGAGAUCUUCAUCUACGCAACAUAAUGUUCCAGUACGAGGAGGGAACCUUUAAGGACUGCAUGCUACUGGACUUUCAGAUCAGCCACCUCUUCCCGCUGACCACAGACCUUAUAUACUCGAUUUAUAUGCUCAUGGAGCCCGAGCAACGUGGGAGGUUCUAUGAAGAUUUCAUUUAUUAUUACAUCUUUGUUUUGACGAAUACUCUUGAGGAAAUUGGUUACAAGGGUGAAAUGCCAACCGUAGAGGGACUUUACCUGAAUAAGCACAAAUACUACGAAUUCUUCUUCCUUACAACAUUCCUACCUUUGAUGUGGGCUCUUAGGGAGACUUCUGUUGACUUUGGUGAACUUUUGCAGGACGACGAAAGACGUCGGCAGUGCUAUUUCUCUAAGGGUUACAUCAAGGAUGUACAAAGAAAACUGCUUACAUUGGAUAUAUGUGGAUACUUUAAAGACGUCUGAACUUGAUGCAUUCUUUAAAACAAUAUUAUACAUUUCUGCAAUCUCGAUGCGGAUAUAAACGGAUAUAUGACGAUGCUUAUUUCGAUCUACAAGUUAUUAGUUACUUAUGAAAACAAUAUAUACAUGUGAUUGAGUAUGAAUAUAAAAUAACCAUAAAAUAUAGAACAUUUCAACAA